AUGAGUGAUCAAGACUCUUCUCAUAUUGCACUUAUUGUUGUGUUCAGUAUAUUUAUUGGACUGUACUUACUUGUUUUGAUCAUCUUACAUUGUUUUGGAAAGAUUAACAAUAUUAUAUUUCCAGCUCCAACUCCUAUGUAUGAAGAAAAAUAUUUUGAGGACAAACUUUAUUUUGCAAACCUUUACAAUUAAGAUGGUAAUUUGGUUAAUGGAAAACCAACUGAAUAUUCAUUAAAUCUUGAAAAAGUCAGAAGCCUUCCAUAUGUCUAUAUUAAAAAUAAGUAUUCAGAAACGAAUUUAUAUAUAAUAUAUUUUCAUGGCAAUGCUGAAGACAUGUGGGCAGCCGCUUAAUUUAUGGAGUAUUUAAUGAAAAUGAUAAAUGCAAAUAUAUUUGUUAUAGAAUAUCCAGGUUAUGGUAUUUAUAGGAAUGUUAAACCAACUUCAACCCUAAUUGAACAAGAUGCAUUAGUUUAUUAUGAUGAAAUUAAAAAGGAGUUCAAAUUGCAAGAUGAAUAAAUCUAUAUCUUUGGAAGAUCAAUCGGCACGGGACCUUCAUUUUAUUUGGCAAGUCAAAGAAAUAUAAGAGGAUUAAUAACAAUGUCAGCUUAUAAAUCAAUUAGACAUAUCAUAAGUGAUUUUUGCAAUGGUUGUGGAUGCAUUCUCAACCUAUUGUGUUGCUUGCCUAAUUUCUUCAGAAAUUUAGAAAGGUCGUAAGAUAUUAAAUGUCCUAUAGUAUUGAUUCAUGGAUUGGAUGAUCCUCUGAUUCUAUCACAUCAUUCUUAGGAAAUCUAUUAAAAUCUUCCUGUUUCAAUUUAAUAAAAAUCAAAUCUUAAUUUGAGGCCAAGAAUGACACACAAUGAAUAUGACAUCGAUGAAGAUAUUGCAUGCCCAAUAUUAGAAGGUUUCACUGAUUUAAAAUAGAAGAAGUUUUCAUGAAUUUUUAUUAUAUAUUUUUUAAUAUAAACCUGGAUAAAAAGAUAA